AUGUCUGGCCCUCUCACAUUAUCUAUCUAUCUAUCUAUCUAUCUAUCUAUCUAUCUAUCUAUCUAUCUAUCUAUCUAUCUGUCUCACUCUGUUCUCAUCUAUCUAUCUAUCUAUCUAUCUAUCUAUCUAUCUGUCUGUCUGUCUGUCUCACUCUGUUCUCAUCUAUCUAUCUAUCUAUCUAUCUAUCUAUCUGUCUGUCUCACUCUUGAUGAUAACAAUGGGCGUCACCUCUUCCUCCUUCUCCUACUCCUCUUUUUCCUCUUACACCUCCUUCUUCCACUGAUGGCGUUUGUAAACACCGCCUCCAUAGUGAAUGACCCUCAAACACAGCAGCAGCAGCAGCAGCAGCAGCAGCAGGAUCAACACCACCCCCCUCCCUGCCAUCACCACCAGCAAGGUGUUUAUUACACGGAAACCUUCCUUGGUGCCAACGACUUCCUUGCUUGUAAUACACAACGCUGGCAAAACUCAUUACGACACAACCUCUCUUUCAACGACUGCUUCAUCAAAAUCCCCCGGCGACCCGACCGUCCCGGCAAAGGUAGCUACUGGGCCCUACACCCACUUUGCGGGGACAUGUUCGAAAAUGGCAGUUUCUUGAGACGGAGAAAACGCUUUAAAAUCCCCAGACCACCUGGUUCAAUAAUGUCAGAGACCCUGAAACAAGGUUUAGAAUCAGCGUCAUACAUACAGGAACAGACUCGUUUGCGUCUUCAUCAGUAUGCGCCAUCUGCGCAUUUUCAGCCAUAUAGUAGCACCGGAAGUUGUACGCAUACGUACAAACAGCCGUUUACGAUUGAGAACAUUAUCGCGCCGGAAUUUAAAAGUUCUGUCAUACCCCAGCCGCUAAUCCCGACCCCACUGCCGGCAUUUGCCAGUCAGUUUGCUGCCGGAGUUUCCAUGUCGGGGUUUGUUGCGCCUUACACAAACACUGAGCUAGCGUCGACACUUUCGUCGACCCUUACAUCAUCGGCCCUAAAUUCCAUAUCGCCGUCGUUUGCAGCCCACCUAAAUGGUGAUUUUCACCAUCACACAACACACACAGCACAUCCGCAUCAAGUUUUAAAACCAUCGAAUCACCAACAUCAAACCACACCGGCUGUGCCGGUCCCAAUAAAACCGUCACCCUUACCGCCACUUACACUCGGACACUCACCCCAUACAGGGGCGUUUGGAGCCCCUCCACACGGACACUUAAGUAUACCAUCGACGUUGACCAUCCCCACUGCGGGAAUAGAAUUGAUAGGCACUUCUUCGCCAGUGUCGUCUUCUUCGUCAAACACGGCGAGCAACACAUCAAGCUGUUCGCAGAGGAAAAAGGCUGCCAAACCCAAUACAUACAUCCAUAUCCAUCUAUUUCUUGUCUAUUUCAAUCUAUCUAUCUAUCUAUCUAUCUAUCUAUCUAUCUAUCUAUCUAUCUAUCUCUUCAUGUUAAUUAUUUAUCUCAAUCUGUUUCUAUCUAUCUAUCUAUCUAUCUAG